AUGUCGCGCUGCUGCUUCGCGGUCGGCAGGGUGCUGGAGGUGUCGCGCCACCCCGAGAGCGAGAAGCUGUACAUUGAGAAGAUAGACCUCGGCGAGACGCUGAACUCGCUGAGCAACAACGAGCCGCGCACGAUCCUCAGUGGGUUGCAGGAGUUUGUAAAGGAGGAGGACUUUGUGAACCGCCUUGUGCUCGUGAUUGCGAACCUGGAACCGCGCAAGAUUGGUGGCAUUCCGUCCGCUGGCAUGGUGCUGUGCGCCUCCACCGGCGAGGACUCGCACGACCCCGCGUCGGCUGGGCAGGGGGAGCGCAAGGUGAUGCUGCUAGACAUUCCGGAGGGGACGGCCGUCGGGGAGCGCGUGGUGUUCGAGGGGCAUGACAUGCCGUACGAGCCAGUCCUGAGGAAAAAGCUCGCCAAGAACUUUGAGGAGGUCAUGAAGGAUGUGCGCAGCAACGCCGACGGUGUGGUGUGCUGGCAGGGGAAGCCGUUCCAGACUUCGGCCGGCGUCAUCAAGGUGUCCCUGUGCAACGCUCGCAUCUCGUAA